AUGACCUGGGUCUACAACUUCGGUGGGGGAAAGGCGGAUGGCCGCGCCGAGAUGAAGAACUUACUCGGCGGCAAGGGUGCAAACCUGGCGGAGAUGGCGUCCAUCGGCUUGCCCGUCCCUCCCGGCUUCACUCUGACGACCGAGAUAUGUACGUAUUAUUACCAGAACGGCAACCAGUACCCUGCCGAUCUUCAGGAGCAGGUUGCGAAGGCCCUCGCACUGGUGGAGUCCAGGACAGGCCGCAAGUUCGGGGACGCCACCAACCCCUUGCUGGUGUCCGUGCGCUCUGGAGCUCGCGCUUCGAUGCCGGGCAUGAUGGAUACUGUGCUGAACCUCGGCCUCAACGACACCACUGCGGAGGCUUUGGCCAAGAAGUCCGGAGACCGCCGCUUUGCUUUCGACAGCUACCGCCGCUUCGUGCAGAUGUACAGCGACGUCGUCCUUGGCGUGGAGCUCAGUCACUUCGAGAAGCUGCUGGAGCGCGCCAAGCAAAAGCGGGGCGUCAAGCAGGACCAUGAGCUUCUGGCGGAGGACCUGGAGAUGCUGGUGAAGCAGUACAAGGCCUGCGUCCAGCUGGAGUUGGGCGAGGAUUUCCCGGAGGAUCCCCACAAGCAGCUCUGGGGCGCCGUCGGUGCCGUCUUCGGGUCUUGGAUGAACCAGCGCGCCAAGACCUACCGCAAGCUGCACGACAUCCCGGAGGAGUGGGGCACCGCGGUGAACGUCCAAGCCAUGGUCUUCGGCAACAUGGGUGGAGACUGUGCAACAGGUGUCGCCUUCACGCGCAAUCCUUCGAACGGCGCCAAGGACUUCUAUGGCGAGUUCCUGAUAAACGCGCAGGGCGAGGACGUCGUGGCCGGCAUCCGCACGCCGCAGGAGCUGACGAUCCAGGCCCGCAAGUCGCAUGGCAGCGACCUGCCGUCCCUGGAAGAGGCGAUGCCCAACAUCUUCAAGGAGCUCAACGGGGUGAGGCUCCAGCUGGAGAACCACUACAAGGACAUGCAAGAUAUCGAGUUCACCAUCGAGCAGGGCAAGCUGUACAUGUUGCAGACACGAACCGGCAAGCGCACAGCGCACGCCGCCUUGCAAAUCGCAGUGGACAUGGCCAACGAGGGCUUGAUCUCCAAGGCGCAGGCGUUGAUGCGCCUCAAGCCUGACCUGAUCGACCAGUUGCUGCACCCUACUCUCGACCCAAAGGCGCCCAAAAACGUGAUCGCCAAGGGCCUCCCCGCUUCGCCGGGUGCGGCUGCCGGAAAAGUCGUCUUCUCCGCAGACGAGGCGGUGACCCGCUCGGAGAAUGGGGAGAAGGUGAUCUUGGUGCGGAUCGAGACGAGCCCAGACGACAUCCACGGCUUGCAUGCAGCGGAAGGCGUGCUGACUACGCGAGGAGGCAUGACGAGCCAUGCUGCGGUGGUGGCGCGCGGCAUGGGACGCCCGUGCGUAGCUGGGGCGGGGGACGUGAAGGUGAGCUACGCAUCGUCCUCCUUCACGGUGGGCGAUGUGGUGGUGAAGCAGGGAGAGAUCAUCACCAUCGAUGGCGUCACGGGACAGGUGAUGCUCGGCGAGGUCCCGACGGUGCCUCCGCAGCUGUCGGGCUCGUUCGGCACCAUCAUGUCGUGGGCCGACGAGUUCCGAACGAUGCAGGUGAGGGCCAACGCCGAGACGCCCACCGACGCUCGCCAGGCCAAGGAGUUCGGGGCCCAGGGCAUCGGCCUGGUGCGCACGGAGCACAUGUUCUUCGAGGGCGGCAGGAUAGUCGCGAUGCGCCAGAUGAUUCUGGCGGCCGACAAGAGCGAUCGGCAGGCGGCGCUGGACAAGCUGCUGGCCAUGCAGCGGGAGGACAUCGUUGAACUCUUCAAGAUCAUGGACGGGCUGCCAGUGACCGUGCGCCUGCUGGAUCCCCCGCUGCACGAGUUCAUCCCGCACACGGAAGCCGAGAUGGCUCUAGUGGCCAAGGCCGCCGCGGUGCCCAUGGACCGGGUGCGCAGGAGGGCUGCUGAGCUGCAGGAGGCCAACCCCAUGCUGGGCCAUCGAGGCUGCCGACUAGCGAUCACCUAUCCCGAGAUAUGCGAGAUGCAAGCUCGCGCGAUCUUCGAGGCUGCCGCGGAGGUUGGCAAGACGGCCAAGAAGACGCCCAUCGCCGAGGUGAUGGUGCCGCUGGUGUCCACGCUGGAGGAGCUCGUGCUGCUCAAGGGCGUCAUCCAGAAGACGGCGGAAGCGGUGCAGAAGGAGCUGGGUACGAAGUUCACGUACCACGUGGGGACCAUGGUGGAGCUCCCCCGCGCCGCCCUGCAGGCCGGGAAGCUGGCGAAGGAGGCCGAGUUCUUCAGCUUCGGCACGAACGACCUCACGCAGACCACGUACGGACUCAGCCGGGAUGAUGCGGGCACCUUCCUGCCUGAAUACAAGGCCAAGGGGAUAGUGGAGCAAGAUCCCUUUGUGAGCCUGGAUCAGGAGGGUGUGGGUGAGCUGAUCAGCAUGGCCGUUGAGCGCGGUCGCGGGACGCGCUCGGGCAUGAAGAUGGGCAUUUGCGGAGAGCACGGUGGAGACCCAGCCUCGAUCGAGUUCUGCGAGAAGGCCGGGCUGGACUACGUCUCGUGCUCGCCCUUCCGCGUGCCCAUCGCCAGACUCGCCGCGGCCCAGGCGGCCCUGAAGUCUCAGGGCGAGAAAGCGCUGCAGUCCUCCACCAAGCCCACGAAGCCGAAGCCGAGGCAGCAGAACUUCGGGCCUUGGUGA